AUGGUUGCUGCCAAGUCUGGAAUUGCUGUUGGUCUCAACAAGGGCCACAUCACUGCUCGUCGUGAACUCAAGGCUAAGCCCUCUAACAAGAUUGGUGCCGCUUCCAAGCGUACCGUCUUCGUCAAGAGCGUCAUCCGUGAGGUUGCUGGUUUCGCUCCCUAUGAACGUCGUCUCAUGGAAUUGAUCAAGAACUCCAGAGAUAAGCGUGCCAGAAAGCUCUGUAAGGCCAAGCUCGGUUCUUUCCUCCGUGCCAAGAAGAAGGUUGAGGAACUCCAAGGUGUCAUUGCCUCUACCCGUCGUCAUUAA